UUUAAUCUUUGAAGUUCUAAUAAAUAUUUUUUUUUUUCAUCCUCAGAGAUUUCACUAAUCCGUCUUUACCAACUGAGCAAAGAGGUCAAUCUUUCCAAAUGGGUAAUGCCACAGCAAUUGCAGCUGCUUUUGGUGGAGCUUUGCACCCUGGAAUGAGCGGUCUUAAUGGACGUAGUACUAUCUUAUUAACUAACUUAAAUCCUGAGAAAAUUGACGAGGACAAGCUUUUUAACUUAUUUUCCAUGUAUGGAAACAUUGUGAGAAUUAAGCUACUAAGAAACAAACCAGACCAUGCACUUGUACAGAUGGCAGACGGGAAUCAAGCUGAGUUAGCUUUGCGCUUCUUGAAGGGAGCAAUGUUGUUUGGCAAGAAUUUGGAACUAACUUCCUCCAAGUAUCCUAACAUCACUCCUACACCUGACACCCGUGAGUUUGCCGGAUCCAACCUCAAUCGAUUUAACAACAGUACAAUUAAGAACUACCGACAUUGUUGCGCCCCAACGAGGAUGAUUCACGUAUCCGCUCUCCCUUUAGACUGUAGAGAGGAUGAGAUCUAUGCUCACCUACUAGAGCAUGGCACUAUAAUGAACACUAAGCUGAUAGAGGUGAAUGGUAAGAGGCAAGCCUUGGUUCUUUUUGAGAAUGAGCAGGAGGCAACAGAGGCUCUGGUUUGCAAGCAUGGAAGCUCCAUACGUGGAUCCAUUAUCAGGAUUGCCUUCUCCCAAAUGCAGGCUAUCUGAAUAAAACCCUAGAAAGGAUGUGAAAAGAAUGGGGUAGGAGAUCAUAUUCAGAAGGAGGGAGCUUGUAAGAUUGUUGUAGGUGAUGGAAUUCAUUCUAAGAUAGAGGUUGCUUUUUGUCUUUCUCUGUUUAAAUCAAAUAAAUUUGAUGCUCUGGUUGAUUUUUAUGAAGAUAAUGACUAUCAAGCUGAUGUUGUUCCAAGUUUUACUAAUUUGUAUGUUGAUUUUUCUAAUGUUCCCUGUAAUGUUAAUUGUUCUUCUAUUGUUAAUUAUUCUGAUGAUGAAUGAUGAUCA